AUGGGGGCCUCGGACCCGGAAGUGGCGCCCAAGGCUCGCGGCGGUGCCGCGGGGAUGGCGGGAGCCGGAGCUGGAGCCGGAGCGCGCGGCGGGGCGGCGGCGGGGGUGGAGGCCCGGGCUCGCGACCCGCCGCCCGCGCACCGCGCACACCCGCGCCACCCUCGGCCCGCGGCGCAGCCCUCCGCCCGCAGGAUGGACGGCGGCCCCGGGGGCUUGGGCUCCGGGGACAACACCCCGACCACCGAGGCCCUUUUCGUGGCCCUGGGCGCGGGCGUGACGGCGCUCAGCCACCCGCUGCUCUACGUGAAACUGCUCAUCCAGGUGGGCCAUGAGCCGAUGCCCCCCACCGUUGGGACCAAUGUGCUGGGGAGGAAGGUCCUCUAUCUGCCGAGCUUCUUCACCUACGCCAAGUACAUUGUGCAAGUGGACGGGAAGAUCGGGCUGUUCCGAGGCCUAAGCCCCCGACUGAUGUCCAACGCCCUCUCCACCGUGACCCGGGGCAGCAUGAAGAAGGUUUUCCCUCCGGAUGAGAUUGAGCAGGUGUCCAACAAGGACGACAUGAAAACCUCUCUGAAGAAGGUGGUGAAGGAGACCUCCUACGAGAUGAUGAUGCAGUGCGUGUCCCGCAUGCUGGCCCACCCCCUGCAUGUCAUUUCAAUGCGCUGCAUGGUUCAGUUUGUGGGACGGGAGGCCAAGUACAGCGGCGUGCUGAGCUCCAUUGGGAAGAUUUUCAAAGAGGAGGGGCUGCUGGGAUUCUUUGUCGGCUUAGUCCCUCACCUGCUGGGCGAUGUGGUUUUCUUGUGGGGCUGUAACCUGCUGGCCCACUUCAUCAAUGCCUACCUGGUGGACGACAGCGUGAGUGACUCCCCAGGGGGGCUGGGAAACGACCAGAACCCAGGUUCCCAGUUCAGCCAGGCCCUGGCCAUCCGCAGCUACACCAAAUUUGUGAUGGGGAUCGCGGUGAGCAUGCUGACCUACCCCUUCCUGCUGGUCGGUGACCUCAUGGCCGUGAACAACUGUGGGCUGCGGGCCGGGCUCCCCCCCUACUCCCCCGUGUUCAAGUCCUGGAUCCACUGCUGGAAGUACCUGAGCACGCAGGGCCAGCUCUUCCGUGGCUCCAGCCUGCUUUUCCGCCGGGUGUCGUCAGGAUCCUACUUCGCCGUGGAGUAA